AUGAAAAUGCUUGCUAGCGAAUCCGAAUUUCGUGUUAAAGUAGCUGUUCGUGUUCGACCAUUUUUACAACGAGAAAAAACACAUGAACAAAAAAGUUGUAUUGCUAUUCAUCCACAAACUAAUCAAAUUGUACUAGGAGAUAGACGAACAUUUAAAUAUGAUUUUGUUUUUGGACCAAAAACUUUACAGGAAGAAUUAUAUCGAACAAGUGUUGAACCAAUGCUUAAUAAUGUUUUUGAUGGAUAUAAUGUUACAAUAUUUGCUUACGGUCAAACUGGUUCAGGAAAAACAUAUACUAUGUCAGGUGGAAAUAUUUUAUCAAUCGGAGAAAAAGAUUAUGGUAUUAUUCCACGAGCAGUUAAAACAAUAUUUGAUACUGUUCAAAAUCGACAAGAUUGUCGAAUUACAAUAUCUGCAUCUUAUUUAGAAAUCUAUAAAGAUGAUAUUAUUGAUUUACUUGAUGUUAAUGAUAAAGAUUUAGAUGUUCGCGAUGAUGCAGCUGGAAAUACAGUUGUUAUCGGAGCAAGUGAACAUACAUGUCAUUCAGUUGAUGAUGUUGUUAGUUUAUUAAAAAAAGGUUCUAAUGUUAGACAUACUGGUGCAACACAAAUGAAUGAUGAAUCAUCAAGAUCACAUGCUAUUUUUACUUUAUAUAUUGAACAACGUCUUCAUGAUAAAAAUUCUAAUUCAAAUACUGUGCAAGCUUCAUUUGAUGGCUUCGUUAAACCAUUACAAUCAACAUUUGAUGAAAGUUAUCUUUCUGCUAAACUGCAUUUUGUUGAUUUGGCUGGUUCAGAACGUGUUGCACGUACACAAAAUACAGGUGAACGUUUUCAAGAAUCAAUACGUAUUAAUUCGGGUUUAUUGGCUCUGGGAAAUGUUGUCAGUGCUUUAUCUGAUCCAAAAAAACGUACCGGUGGUCACAUACCUUAUCGUGAUUCAAAAAUAACUCGUUUACUCAAAGAUUCACUUGGUGGAAAUGCUAAAACAUUAAUGAUUACAUGUGUUAGCCCAUGUACUGCUGAUCUUGAUGAAUCUCUUAAUGCAUUUAAAUAUGCACAUCGAGCAAGUCAAAUUCGAAAUAAACCUAUAAAAAAUGUCGAUCCAAAUGCUCAACGUUUUAUUGAAAUGCAAAGUGAAAUUACUCAUUUACGAGAAGAAUUAGAACGACAACGAACUAUCAUAUCACGUGAUGGAGAACCAAAUAAUAGUCGACGAUCAACUGGAUUCAAUAGUAUUGAUAGUUCACGUCGUUUAAUACAAACAGCCUAUGUUUGUUUUCAACAUUUAAAUGAAUGUGAAGAUUUAAAUGAUGAACAAAAACAAUGGAUACAAACAUGGAUGGAUGCUGUAUCAAAUGAAAAUGCUGAACAUAUAUGCAAUGAUAUACUUACAUCUCGAGUAACGAAUUUAGAAAAUGCUUUACAUUCGGCAAAAGAUGAAUUAAGAUCAGAAACACAAAUGCGUGCUAAACGUGAAAUGAUACUUGAUCGUUUACAAGAACAACUUAAAGCUAAAGAAGAUGAAUUAAAUCGAGUACGUAUAGCAUCAGAUGGAUUAAAUUAUCAAAUAACAACAACCAAAAAAUCUUUGCCGGAUCGAACAAAAUCAGCACCACAUUUUGGUAGUGUUCAUAGAAAGGAACAAUCAAUUCAACCACGUACUAUACAUUCUAGUCCAGCCGUAUUUGAUAUGGAUUAUGUUGUUGAAAGAUUUCAUGGACGAUCACUUGCCUUAGCUCAUUCACAAGAAGAAAUUGAAGAAUUAGAUUUAAGAAAUAGUGAUGAAAAAUUAAACGAUGAAAGAAAAUUUGUUCGACGUGGUACAUAUCGUCUUCGUAAGAAUCGAUUAACACCAAGUAUUUUUCAACAAGAUGAAGCAUUACAAACAUUAACAGAAUCAACAAUAAAUAAACAAAGAUUAAUUGACGAAGCAACACGAAAAGUUAGAGAAGCUGAAAGUAAAGCACAAGAUCUCAGUAUUAAUAUUCAAUUAAAAGAACAAUUGAUUAAAAGUGUUUAUGCAUCAACUAAAGAUGUCAAAGAAACAAAUGAACAAUAUGAACAACAUAUUAAAAUGUUAGAAAAAGAAGUAGAAAAAGCUAAAAAUGAAUAUCAUGAUUUACAAAAAACAAUGCAACAAAUAGCAACGAAAAAUACAAGUGAAAAAUCUAAAUUAGAAAGUGAAUAUCGAAAAAAAUGUGAUAUGGCUAAAGCUCGUCUUGAAUCAUUACAACAAAAAGAAAAACAAUAUCGAGAAGUCAUGAAUAAACUAUCAGGCAAUAGUGAAAAAAGAAUUGCUGAUCUUCAAGCAGCUCUCUUUCGUAUGAAACAACAAUAUGAAACAGCUCAAAAACGUAUACGUGAAGAAAGUGAAUUAAAAAAUAAAUUUGAACAAGAUCUUUUACGUGAACAACAACGUAUACAAGAAUUAACAAUUCAAAAUGAACAGCAACAAAAAAUUUUAAAAUUAAAAACUGAAGGUCUUGUUGCUGCACAAAGAAAAUUACGUGGUGCACCUAAUGGAAAUCUCAAUGAUGGAACAACAACAACAACAACAACGACGACGACGACGGCAACAACAGCAAAUUUUGAAGUUGAAAUGGAAAAAUUAGUUGCUGAAAGAAAAGAAUUAGAAACACUAAGAGAUGAUAUAAAAAAACGUGAAGAACUUAUUCAAAAACGAGAAUUCUUACUUAAUGAACGUACAGAACUUGAAACGAAGAAAAUGCGUACAAGCCAAGUACUGAAUAAGAGUUUAAAAUCAGUUAAUGAAAAAUUAAAAAAUGUUGAUAAACAACAACCAAAUCAUCAAAUGAUACGUGAACAAUUACUUAAACAAAAACGUUUAUUUACUGAACGUUUAGAACAACAAGAUAGUGUAUUAACACCAACAGAAGAAAGACGUUUAAUUGAAAUAGAUGAAGCUAUUGAAGCUAUUGAUUUAGCUAUUGAUUAUCAAAAUAAUAUUAUUAAUAAACGAGAACGUGACGUUCAACAAUCUAUUCGAGCAAGUCAGGGUCCCGAUUCUCCUCUUUUCAAAAUAGGACAAUUAAACGAAAAUGAAUCUAAAGAACUUUGUCGUAAAUUAUUUGAAAAAGUUAUUGAUCUUAAAGAAGAAGAUAAUAAAAAUCGUCGUGAAUUUGACGACAUAAAAUCUCAAUUACUUGAACAAACUGAAACAAUAACUGAAUUACAAUCACGUAUUCAAUCAUUAACACUUGAUCAUGAUCGUCGUUUAACAUCUAUUCAGCAAGCACAUGAAGAAGAAAAACAAUUAUUACUUGGACAAUUACAAGAAUCAUCAAAUCAAAUAAAAGAUCUUGAAAGAGAUUUAUAUUUUUAUAAACAUAAAACACGAGAAUUACGUAAAUCUAUGGCAACAUCAACAACAAGUGUACUUGAUACGUCAACAUCAUCAACAACAGGUGUUACACGACGAAAAGAAGCAAAUCUAAAUGAAGAUGAUUUUCUAACACAAUUACCCACACCAAGAACAGCUGUACAACAACAUCAACCUGCACCAUUUCUUCUUAAAAUAGGUAAUCGAAGUAAUUCAGCACAUCAAAUACAACAAGAUGAAAUUAAAAAACGAUAA